UCCUUAUACACAAUUUGAAAAUUUUAAAUAAAAUUAUAAAAAAUAAGUAGAGAAAAUUACAACAUAAAUUUAUAAAAAUGAUUUUAAAAAAUAAAAUGCAUGUAAAAAUAAUUUAAUUAUAAAAAAUAAUAAUUUAAAAAAAUAUGUACAAUGUAUGUCACUCACAUGAUCAUGUUGAUCAAUAAAAAAUAUAUACAUUAAUUGAACUGUAAGAAUAAACAUGCGAAUGAUAAGUCCUUGUGUAUACACGUGUGUUUUUAAGAGAUUUAAUUUUGGAUUUAUAAAUCGUAGUUAAUGUUUAAUUAUUAUUCAUGUAUAAUUUAAUUAGAUGCACAUUUAAACGUUGUAGGCUUCAUGACUAUAAAUUUAUUUUGAAACUGACAAUGACACAUUGGCGGCAAGUUAAAAAUUUAAAUAUCAAUUCAAUCAGGAUGAUUAGCAAUGAAUUUGAUUCUACUGAUAAAAACAAUAAAGUAAAUCCUAUGGAUUUUUUUUAUUGGUUACAAAAAUCAGCGCCUGCAUUUCCUGUCGAUGCUUCUAAAGUGACAAUUAUUCACGAACCCGAAGUUUUUUAUUCAACUUUAUUAGAUAAAUGUAAGAAAGCUGAGAAAAGAAUAACAUUAGCGUCGCUUUAUUUAGGAACUGGAAAACUUGAAGGGGGUUUGGUUGAAGCUAUAGAAAAAUCAGUAAUCGCAAGCGAUGGUCAUUUGAAAGUAAACAUUCUUUUGGAUUACAUGCGAGGCUCACGUGGUCACAAAAAUUCCAGAAAAAUGUUACAGCCAUUACUUAAACAACAAUGGGCUGAUAACAUUAAAGUUCAUUUGUACCAUACACCAAAAUUACGAGGGUUACUCAAGAAGUUUAUACCGAAUCGCUUCAAUGAAUUAAUAGGUUUGCAACACAUGAAAGUAUAUAUUUUUGAUGAUUCUCUAAUUAUUAGUGGGGCUAAUUUGAGUAAUGAUUACUUCAUGAAUCGUCAAGAUCGUUAUUUUCUCAUUGAAGACUGCAAAGAUUUAUGUGAUUUUUAUAAUGAUUUAAUAUCUCAAGUAUCAAAGUUCAGUUUCCAAUUGAUGCCAGAUAAUUCAACGUCAUUUGAUACCGACUCUAGUCCUCAUCCUUUCCAAAGUCCUGUGAAAGAAUUUGUAUCAUCUGCUAACAGUCGAAUACGUAAAUUUUACUUCAAUCAAUUGGAUAAACGUCAAAACGAAGCCGGGAAUAAUCAAGUGUCUGCAGACACAUGGAUAUUUCCAUUGAUUCAAAUGGGUCAGCUUGGAAUUUAUCACGACAAUGAAAUUACUUUAAGAUUAUUGAAGACUGCACCUGCGGGAGCUAGUCUGCGGUUCGCUACAGGAUAUUUUAAUUUAACGACAGAGUAUUCUAAUGCUCUGAUUCGCGAUUGUCAGGCUUCAGUCCAGCUCCUUACUGCUCAUCCUACAGCCAAUGGUUUUUAUGGCGCUAAAGGAGUAGCCGGAGGAAUUCCCGCAGCGUAUACGCUGAUAGAAAAAUCAUUUUAUAAAUAUUGUGAACGAUUGGGAAUGAAUGAACGCAUUAAAUUAAGAGAAUAUGUUCGUAGUGGUUGGACAUAUCAUGCCAAAGGUCUUUGGUACACAUUACCAAAUCAAAAAAAACCCUCAUUUACUUUAAUUGGUUCUUCAAAUUUUGGAUACCGAUCAGUAAAUCGUGAUCUAGAAACCCAAAUAGCCGUUGUUACAAAAAAUGAUAGAUUAAAAAAUGAUUUGUACGAAGAGUACAAUAGAUUAUAUAAAAAUUCUCAUCAAGUUACUAGAAAUUCACUAUUACAACAUGAUCGAGUUGUCCCGACUUGGGUUUACGCCGCAGUAUUUUUAUUUCGUUAUUUUUUCUAGGAUAAUUUUAUUAUUGAGUUUUAAUAAAACUCUUUUUUUAAAAACCUAAAAAAAUUAUUUUAAAUUUUACUUGACAUCUCUACAUAUUAAUUUAAUUAAGUAAUUUAUUUCAUGGUUUGAAUUAAUGACACUGAAGUUAGCCGGCGUCUAAAAGUUUUUGAAUUUUUUUUAAAACAAUAAAUUACUUAAAAAAUAAUAUUUAAAAAAAUUGUAUCUAUAGUUUUUUUAAUUUUCUACAUGUACAUAUUUUUAGAUUUUAUAUUUUUGUCAUUGAUUUGUUGAAAAACAAAUUCCAAAAAUUGUUAACUGUCAGUUUAAUUCAUAAUCAUUUAAAUUACGACCGUAGCAAUUGUGUACUGUCUUGUGGGUUAACAUUUUUUCUGGAGUUUAAAAUUUUCUAAUCAAAUCAGUUCGCUAACAUAGAGAAUAAGGACAUACAUCGUCAGCCGCAAUCAGUGAAAACCGAUCAAGGGUCCAAUAAAUAAAUAAAUAAAUAAAUAUAUAAAGAUAAAACAAAAAAUUCGAGACAAGAGGAAUAAAAUAUAUAUUUUAAAAUAUAAUAUUCUAUACGUAAAGUGAUAGAAUUUGUAAAUAUUAUAAUUAAUAUAGAGUACGUCUAAUACCACGACUAAGUGGUCUUUUAAAAAUAUAAAAAAUGGCCAAUUUAAAAACA